UUGUGCAGUGAAAAUGAGCAUUUCUGUCGUUUCUUUUACUGUAUUCAGGACGUAAAAUGUUAAAUUACGCGUGACGUCACAGUCGUAGAGCAACCCGCACUCCAAGCCACCAUACUUGUCGAAAACCAGAAGUCACUAGUCUUAUUGCACCAUGUUGAAAAGUUUAUUUUCGGAGGCACAGGAGGAGCGCUCGGCGGAUGGGAUUGGCUCCUUCCUUUCUUUGGUUUCACUUUCCCAGUACAUUUAUCGCGCCUACAGUCUAAACGCCUUAUAAAAGCUGUUGCGGUAGCACAAGUUUACAGUACAGGACGUUUUACCGAGUCACUGCAGGUCAAGAUAGCGGGCGCCAAUAGUGACAGUCAUGGAGUCCCCAGUGUGUCUGAUUGAAAACAUUGAUGGGACCCUCAGAGUGGUUCAAGAAGCGACAGAGUAUCUCAUGAGGAUCAAUCAGCCAGUGGUGGUUGUGGCAGUGGUAGGACUGUACCGCACUGGCAAGUCUUACCUUAUGAACAAGCUGGCUGGCAAGAGGAAAGGAUUUGCCCUGGGAGCCACCGUACAGUCCAAGACCAAAGGCAUCUGGAUGUGGUGUGUGCCUCAUCCAGUGAAAGAGGGCCACACUCUGGUGCUGUUGGACACUGAGGGACUAGGAGAUGUGGAGAAGGGUGACCAGAAGAAUGAUGCCUGGAUUUUCUCUCUUGCCAUCUUGCUGAGCAGCACUCUUGUGUACAACAGUCGAGGCACUAUAGACAACCAAGCUGUGGAAAACCUCCAAUACGUCACAGAGUUGACAGAACGGAUUAAGGUCAAAGCCCCCAGUGCUUCAUCUGCCGAGGAUGAUGAUGCCGAAGACGCCCAGUUUGUUCAGUUCUUCCCCAGUUUUGUGUGGGCCGUGCGGGACUUCACUUUGCUACUGGAGAUAGAUGGGAGGCAGGUGAAUGAAGAUCAGUAUCUUGAACAUGCACUGACUCUUAAAAAAGGCAGGGACAGGAGGACAGUUGAUUACAAUCUGCCACGGGAGUGUAUUCGUAAUUACUUCCCAACCAGGAAAUGUUUUAUAUUUGAAACCCCUGCACCCCCAGAGAAAAUGGCACACCUCGAGUCUAUGACGGAAAGUGAAUUGAGUCCAUCAUUUCAAGCAGUUGCUUUUGACUUCUGUAACUACAUCUUCAAGGAAAGCAGCGUGAAAAAAGUGAAAGGAGGGCUUCCCGUUACAGGAAGAAUGCUUAGCCACCUGGCCAAGACCUAUGUGGAGACUAUUGCUAGUGGUGGUGUGCCUUGCUUGGAAAAUGCUGUGCUCACAAUGGCCCAGAUUGAAAACCAAGCGGCUGUUGAGGAAGGCUUGCAGGUCUAUCAGAGGGGCAUGCAGGGCCUGACCUUUCCAGUAAGCAUGGAGGAGAUGUCAAAUGAGCAUAGAAACUGGGAUUCUCAGGCCACCAAAACCUUCAUGAGUCGAUCCUUCAACGAUGACAGUGGCGAGUACUUGAAAACUCUAGCGGAUGCCAUCAAUAAAGAGUAUGCUUCUUUUCUCCUCAAAAAUGAGGACAUGUCUGAGAAAGUUUGCAGGCAGCUACUAUCAGAGUUGUCUGAGGAUAUGGCCAACAAGCUGAAAAAUGGGUUUUAUGCUAAACCUGGUGGAUAUGAACUUUAUUGUUCAGAUCAUGACAACCUUGUUGCUGAGUAUCGCAAAAGGCCAAAAAAGGGCGUUAAGGCAGAGGAGGUCUUGGAGAACUUCCUGAAGGAAAAAAGUGUGGAAUCAAAUUCAGUUCUUCAGGCUGACAAGAACAUCAGUGAAAAGGAGAGGAAAAUACAUGAAGAGACGCAGAGAGCAGCUGUGUUUGAGCAGAAAAUGAGGAGAGAAUCAGAGCAACGGCAGCAGGCAGAAAAACAGCUGGAGGAUGAGAAGAUACGUUUCGAAGAGAACAUUCACGCUCUGGAGGAGAAGAUGGUACAUGAGACAACUCUAGCUGAGCAAGAGAUGGCGUGUGCCUUGCAAAGCAAGCUGCAGGAACAGGAGCAGCUCAUGAGCAGAGGUUUUCAAGAAAAACAGGCAGUCAUGCUGGAGGAGAUCCAGAAGCUUCAAGAAGAGAUGAAAGAGGCCAAGGAGAGACAAGAAAUGGAUCGUGUUGAAUUGAUUAAGAAUGUUACCUCUGUCAUCUCUGAGGGGGUCAACCACUACUUGGAGUAUAAGAAAAUCCGUGAGCAGCGCAAACUGCUCGCCCAACAAGACCAGGUGAAGUUUAACAUGUAUCAGAGUAGGCCACAUUUCAGCAGAAGGGGUGAAAACUCCAACUUUCAAGGUAGUCCACAUGGCCCUGACUUAUCCAAGAAUCAUUUGAAGGCUCAGGGGGGUCCAGAGCCAAGACAACAAAGUCAAGGGAACACUAACCAAGGCCCUAAACAGACAAGUUCUUCAAAGGCUGCCUCAGGGACUGAAGGUGAAAAAAACAUGAAGCAGAAAAAAGGUACUUCUGUCUGAAAAGUUCUCAGUUAAGGAAACUUCAAGAGAAAAAUUCUGAUUGCAUUAUAGCACUGACCAAAUGAAAAACUACAACUUGUACAUAGAAAUAUUCCUUUCUUAAGUCUACAACUUGUUUUGCAGGGUUUCUCCGCCUUUGUCUGAGAGAGUGAGAAGGGUUGAUGGGUUUUAGCCAUCGUAAGCUCAGAAUUUCUUUUAAAAUUGUAAUCUUCAAGGAAAAGAGUUGGCAUCCCUGGUCUGUAGUAUCAUAAGAGCUUGAGAUCACUUGUUUAGUGGAAGGCUUAUUCUAAUGGUUUUUUUUUUUUAAAAAAAAAAAAAUCCUUUCACCCAUCUCUAUGGAAAUUUCAGAACUGUUUUUAAACACUAAUAAAGGUAACCCCAUUCAAGUUUCA